GGAGGGAGUACUAGUAAGUAGAGAAGAUGUUAUUCAACAGAACCGAACCCUUCUCCAUUUCAUUUUACGAAUCACCCUCAGCGAGACCCGGACCGGAGCACCAUCCGUCUCCGGGAUCUUAACCCGCCGUCCGCGCCCAGUCGCCCACAGCUCAUCCCCGCCGCGAUGGGUAGCGUAGACCUGGUGCUGAAGCCGGCGUGCGAGGGCUGCGGCUCCACGUCAGACCUCUACGGCACUGGGUGCAAGCACACCACGCUCUGUAGCUCCUGCGGCAAGUCCAUGGCGCUUUCCCGCGCCCGAUGCCUCGUCUGCUCGGCUCCCAUCACGAACCUCAUCCGGGAAUACAAUGUGCGGGCAAAUGCUAGCACAGAUAAGGCAUUCUCUAUUGGAAGAUUUGUAACUGGUUUGCCGCCAUUCUCAAAGAAAAAGAAUGCUGAGAACAAAUGGUCUCUUCAUAAAGAAGGCCUGCAAGGACGGCAGCUUACUGACAAAAUGCUGUUGGCCCUUUUAACUAUGUGGAUUUACAUUUGGAAACUCCAGGAGAAAUACAACAGGAAGCCAUGGAUUUUGGAAGAUGAAACUGGUCAAUAUCAGUUUCAAGGUCAUAUGGAGGGAUCACAGUCAGCAACAGCUACAUACUAUUUGUUAAUGUUGCAUGGCAAGGAAUUUCACGCAUUUCCUGCUGGUUCCUGGUAUAACUUCAGUAAAGUCGCGCAGUACAAGCAGCUGACUCUGGAAGAGGCCGAGGAGAAGAUGAAUAAGAGAAAGACUAACGCAACUGGUUAUGAACGUUGGAUGAUGAAAGCAGCUACAAAUGGGCCAGCUGCCUUUGGUUCAGAUAUGAUGAAACUUGAGCCUGCUAAUGAUGUGGAAAAAGAAAGUGCUCGUCAUAAGAAGGGAAAAGAUAAUGAGGAGGGUAAUAAUUCUGAUAAAGGUGAGGAGAAUGAAGAAGAGGAAGCCGCUCGUAAAGAUAGGCUUGGGCUCUCUAAAAGGGGCAUGGAUGACGAUGAGGAAGGUGGAAAAGAUCUAGAUUUUGAUUUGGAUGAUGACAUUGAGAAAGGCGAUGACUGGGAACAUGAAGAAACAUUCACCGAUGAUGAUGAGGCUGUGGAUAUCGACCCAGAGGAACGGGCAGAUUUAGCUCCUGAAAUUCCUGCUCCACCUGAAAUUAAGCAGGAUGAUGAAGAGAAUGAAGAAGAAGGUGGCCUGAGCAAGUCAGGAAAGGAAUUAAAGAAGCUACUUGGUCGUUCUUCUGGACAAAAUGAGUCGGAUGCCGAUGAUGAUGAUGAAGAUGAUGAUCAGGAUGAUGAGUCAUCUCCAGUGCUUGCUCCAAAGCAGACGGAUCAACCGAAAGAUGAACCUGUUGAUACCAGCCCAGCCAAACCUACACCUUCAUCAGGACAUGCUCGUAGUACACCUCCUGCAUCGAAAUCCAAGCAAAAGAGGAAAUCAGGUGGUGAUGAUGCCAAAUCAUCUAGUGGUGCAGCUUCAAAGAAAGCAAAGGUGGAAUCUGAUACAAAAACAUCAAGUAUCAAAGACGAGACACCGGCUUCAUCAAAACCUACACCAAAGGCCUGUGCUUCAUUGAAAAGUGCCAAUGUAUCUCCUGUGACAGAGGAUGAGAUCAGGACUGUUCUUCUUGCAGUGGCUCCUGUCACCACACAAGAUUUAGUGUCCAGAUUUAAGUCUAGACUACGAGGUCCAGAGGACAAGAAUGCCUUCGCUGAAAUUCUGAAGAAAAUUUCAAAGAUACAGAAGACAAACGGCCACAACUAUGUCGUCCUUAGAGAGGAUAAGAAAUGAUGGGCUCUAAAGUGGUGAUUUUCUUCAUUGCGAAGUUUCCUCAUGUCUUUCUCUGGAGAUAAUAGUUUUGUACUCCCUCCGUAUCAAAAUAAGUGUCGCUGAUUUAGUAUAAAAUUUGUACUAAUUUAGUUAUAAAUUUGUGACACUUAUUUUGGGACAGAGGGAGUAUGCCGAACUUCUACUGCAGCUUGCUUCUAGUAGAAAUCAAAUAAUGAUAGGUGCAAUGUUGUCAUUUCCUGGUGUCAUUCUAGAAGAAGUUGCAAGGUUAUGAUGAUGUGUGAGAACAGGUAUAUUGAUGCCAAGACCGUGGUCUCUCUAAACCUAUGAAUCCAAAGAGUAAAAUCUAGAACGAUAUUCGUAUUU